AUCGCUAACGGGAUCGAGACGAUGACCCGAGAGAUGACCACCCUCUCAGACGCAGUCAGAGCCAUAGAGGAGAGCUUAGACGCGGAUGACAUCCCAUUCCUUCAGCACUACAAGAGCACAGUGGAAAGCUCCAGUGGUCCUGGACCCCAACACGGCACAUCCGCAGCUGGUCCUGUCUGAGGACCUCACCUGCAUGAGGCUGGCCACCGAGGCCAUGCAGCUCCCCGACGUCCCCGAGAGGUUCGACCAGUACGCCUGUGCUCUGGCCUCCAAGGGCUUCUUGUCAGGGAAGCACUACUGGGAUGUAGAGGUCGGGGAGGUCGACACCUGGUUCCUGGGGGUGAUGCCGUCGUCGGCCAAGAGGAAGGGCUGGUUCUCCAUCCAGACGGAGGGCCUGACGCUGUGCCGUAGCGACGGGGAGUACAGAGCGCUGUCCCCGUCGCGGCCCAGCGUGGCUCUGGCGGUGGGACGCGACCCGCGCACCAUCAGAGUGCAGCUGGACUGGGCACGAGGGACGCUCUCCUUCUCCGACCCGCAUCACGGCGACGACACACACCUGCACACUUUCACACACACCUUCACCGAGCGGGUUUUCCCGUACUUUAUGCACCCCGCUCUGAGGAUUCUACCGGCCGAGGUUGCCGUAACUCAGGUACAGUAGCUGAUGUAGAGGGAAAACAGAAGCUGGAGGUUCUGAAGGUGUCUGUUUCUCCGCACCGAAAAAUAGUCCCCAAAUCCGAAUGGCGGCAAGUCAGUAUCAAUCUGUCCAAAAGUGGGGGGUGUUGUGGGAGAAAUACUUUCCUGUACAUUAAACAAUACGUUAUAUUAUCCCUUACUUACUGUUGUCAGCGUACUUAGUACUAUGAAGUUAAUAUAUGUAUUGAAACAGCUUGCAUGUGUAACAGCUGCCAACUCAGUAAAUCUCCAUCCCAAAGCUUCAUACAGAUGUGCUAGCGACUGAGCUAGAGGCCUGACCAUAGUCUGAGUUUUCUGUGGGGUCGCAGGUUCGAGCAGGUUCAGAGUGGCCAACUAGCGCAGGAUGACCUGGGUUCCACAUGCAUCACUGUAUCAGUCAUCAGAGAUCCACAUUGUGUAUUGUACUUCAGAGUAAUUUUUCUACUUGGAGCAGGCUUCACUCUUAAGUAAUUCACAAUGUGAGGGUGC